AUGAGGAAGUAAAACUCAAUUUGUAAAUACAACAAGAAUCAAGAGGAAGAUUCUAAAGAAAAAGCUAGAUGUAUAUACUUUACGUGCUAUAAAUUGCCAGUACUCCGAAAGAUGCAUUAAUGGUACAAUGGAGAAUGGCUUAAAGACUGAAUUUUACAUCCCUCGUGAACAAAUAUAGCUCAAAAAAAGACACUAAGAAGAGAAUCCAGACAAACCAUAUAUCCAAUUUAUCAUUCCAGAAAACGUCAAGACGGGAGAAAAUGACUAUAGAGUUGUAAACCUCUGUACUGAAUUUCUAAGUGCACACAAAGUCUUCAAGAUCCCUUAACUCUAUUUACAAGAAGUACUAUUAUCCAUCGUGAAGAAGACACUGAGGAUCUUAACAAGUUUGCUAAGAAGAUGGGACCAUUCAA